AUGGCUACUGAACAGCGUGCUGCUCCCCUCCGUCUGGGCUCCACUGCCCCUGACUUCGACUCCGAGACCAGCACUGGUCCCAUCAACUUCCACAACUUCCUGGGCGGAAAGUGGACUAUCCUAUUCUCCCACCCCGAUGACUUCACUCCCAUCUGUACCACUGAGCUCGGUGCCUUCGCCAAGCUCGAGCCUGAGUUCACUGCCCGCGGUGUCCAGCUCAUUGGUCUGAGUGCCAACGGUGUCGAGUCACACCACCGCUGGGUCAAGGACAUUGAUGAGAUCUCCGGCUCCAACCUGAAGUUCCCCAUCAUCUCCGACCCCGAGCGUAAGGUCGCCUACCUCUACGACAUGGUCGACUUCCAGGACACCACCAACGUCGACUCUAAGGGUCUGGCUCUGACCAUCCGUUCCGUUUUCAUCAUCGACCCUGCCAAGAAGAUCCGUCUGAUCCUGACAUACCCUGCCUCCACUGGCCGUAACACCGCCGAGGUCCUCCGUGUCGUUGAUGCUCUCCAGCUCACUGACAACAAGGGUGUUACCACCCCCAUCAACUGGUUGCCUGGUGACGACGUUGUCAUUCCUCCCCCCGUCUCUACUGAGGAUGCCAAGGCUAAGUUUGGUGAGAUCCGUGAGGUCAAGCCUUACCUUCGCUUCACCAAGUACCCCGGUAACUAG